UUUUUUUUUUUUUUUGGAUAUUUUGGAUAAGAAUCAUAAGAUAUUUACUGAAAGAGCCUCCAUUGUAUGUACUCUUCAGGCAAAGAAACUGGAAAUUACACAAAAACUAAAUAAGCCGCCAUGAAAGCUCUACUCUGUUCACCGUCAUCUCCGGUCUUCCUCCGAAAUCCUCCACCGUGUAACCCAAGAACCCCACCAAUUCUCCCCACGGCCAUUCAAAACCUACGCCGCCCGUCAAAUUCGCCGUGGCAAUUGCAAGCCAAUGCCAAAGGCUUCUCCGGCAGCAGAAGCGGCGGUCCGAAACAGAGAGCUGUAGAUAGAAAUCCCAACAAUAACGAGGACGAUGAGCAAAUUCCAAUGGUUGUGUUUAAGAGAAUGAUUGCGAGAAUUUUGGUCUCCGUAGGACUGCCUCUAGCCGUCGGUCUGGCGUUCCUGAAGUAUUUCGGAGCGGCGAAGGAGCAAGGGUGGGAUGUGCCGCUGUGGCUGCCGUUCUCCACCACGUUGAUAACUUUUGCGGCGUCGACCCUCGGAGUUGCUUACGGGGCUUUGUCUUCGAGUUGGGAUCCGGAAAGGGCGGGUUCAGUUCUCGGGUUAGAAGAAGCCCAGGAAAACUGGGUCGAGAUAUGGAAGGAAGAAAACAAUGACUGACGGCCCAGGCCCUAUGAUGGCAUUUGUGAAGGUCCAUAAAGGCCCACCAUAGCUACGUCACGGCAUUUUAAAUCAUUGUCAUUGUAUUAGAUUAUAUAUUAAAAGUUUAGUUCUAAU